AUUAACGAAAAGCUCAGUCAAGUUUUGUCAGUCGAAGGAGACACAUCGUUGUACCAGUGCGCAGUCGAUUACACCACUAUCGACACGUUGUUGUUGUGUUUGUGGAUAUUAAUACCGUAUUGUUUCGACACAGAGGACGUCUAUAAACGCAGACAAGUGACCCACGAAGUGACCCGGGCGCUGUCGCUUUAAAGCGAACAUCUCCCCCCUCCCCCCCUCCCCACAAUAUCGGAGCCCCCCCAAUCACCCACAUAACAUGGAUGGAUUCUAUGACCAGCAAGUCCCAUUCAUGGUCCCACCCAGUCAGCACAAGUCCCACGUGGAGGAACCGUCUCACAACAGGCCUCUGAGCGACAGGAAAAGGAAGUUUGUCGACACAGAACUCGCCCAGGACACAGAAGAACUCUUCCAAGACCUCAGUCAGCUGCAAGAGAUCUGGAUUGCAGAAGCCCAGGUGCCUGAUGACGAACAGUUUGUCCCAGAUUUCCAGUCGGAUAGCUUGAUGUUUCAUGGCCCGCCCCCAGCCAAGAUCAAACGAGAGCUGACUCCCUCCAGAGAGUUCUCUCCCUGUCACCAGGACAGGAGUCCCAUGCCCUACGGAGAGAAGUGCCUUUACAGCUACAGUGCCUGUGACAGGAAGUCCACUCCUGGGUUCAAGCCAUUAACUCCCCCCUCAACACCAGUCUCUCCCUGCGGCCCUGCCAGCACAGCAGGGACGCACCCUCUGAGUGCGCAGACCCCCCCUCCUCACCCCCACGUAGCCAAUCCGACCCCGGGGCCGCGUCCGGUGCACGUACAGCAGCCCAUAACGGCGAGCGCCGGCUCUCCUAAUCAGCAGGCCGUCCACAGCCCACCCUUCGCCGUGCCCUGUGCACCCAUCAGCCAGGAUGGCAACAACUUCACACCUGAGCACAGGUUCCAGCGGCAGAUGUCAGAGCCAUGUCUACCCUUUCCCCAAUCCGAGAGUCAAGGGCGCCCCCAGUUCUUGCCCCAGCCUCCCAGCAGCAGCAGCAACAGCAGUCUGCCACGUGACGGCCGGCCGCCCUACCACCGCCAAAUGUCAGAGCCAUUGGUAGUUGUGCCACCCCAGGGUUUCAAGCAAGAGCUCAUCGACCCACGCUACACAGAGCAGGGUGUCCCCACCAUGGGCCCCCCAGGUCCACCCCCGGGCCCUCCGCAUCAGGCUGCUUUCCACCCCAUGGCCAUCAAGCAGGAGCCUCGUGACUACUGCUUCGAUUCUGAAGUGCCUAACUGUCACUCAUCGUUUGGGAGAGCGGGGAGCUUCUACCAAAAUAACCAUGAAAGCUUCUCCUUCGACAGAGAUCAUCAGCUGUACUUUGACGAUACCUGUGUGGUCCCUGAAAGAUUAGAAGGUAAAGUCAAACAGGAGCCCUCUGUUUAUCGUGACGGACCUCCCUACCAGCGCCGGGGCUCCCUGCAGCUCUGGCAGUUCCUGGUCACAUUACUGGACGACCCAGCCAAUGGCCACUUCAUAGCCUGGACUGGUCGGGGCAUGGAGUUCAAACUCAUUGAGCCUGAGGAGGUGGCUCGUCGCUGGGGCAUCCAGAAGAACAGACCGGCCAUGAACUAUGACAAGCUGAGCCGCUCGCUGCGUUACUACUACGAGAAGGGCAUCAUGCAGAAGGUAAAGGUGGCUGGCGAGAGGUAUGUGUACAAGUUUGUGUGCGACCCCGAGGCUCUCUUCUCCAUGGCCUUCCCUGACAACCAGAGGCCCAACCUGAAGGUGGACCCGGACAGCCUGCUGGGGCUGGACGACGACACCGUGCCCCUCACCCACUACGAGGACGCGGCUCCCUACCUGCUGGACGCCGGGGAGCAGUGCGUGGCAGGAUUGCCAUUCCCAGAGGGCUACGGCUACUAACAAAGCCAGCGCGGGGUCGUGACGCACAUAACACACGCACACGCAAUUACUCCCAAAAGUCUCUCGGUGGCCACUUUAAAAAAAAAAAUUAAAAAAAUCCAGAGCUGGGAUGGCUGAGCUGCUCGGAAGAAAAUCCACGCGCUCUGCUCCUGUUUUUUUUUUUUUUUAAUGGUUUCCUCUCCUGCUCCCUGGAAAACCUUCAGAAAACUCUGUAAGCUCCCACGCUAAGAAUGGAUGAGGGGAAAAGGCCAGCAUGCACCAGCAUGGGAGAGCGAGGGUUGGCGAAACCAGCGAGGGUGAACUGGACUGCUAGGGGCUGCUGUUGCUACAGAGACCGACAAAGCGAGAGCCACACGCCGCCAACUUUAAAAGAACUGACAGUACCCCUUUGGACAAGACUGCAAGAGUUGUUGCAUUUCUGAUUUUGUGACAAUCUGCUUUUCUAAAAAAACAAUCAAGUAACCAACAGAGUAAACAAACAUUUAAGAUAUUCUAAGUGCAGCACUAUUCUAUAGUUGCCUUUUGUGGGUCCCCCAUUUUCAUGUCGCCACAUCUGAAUUUACAAGAUCCGUAAAAGGGCUUUAAUUUGCAAAAACGGAUUGACAAAAAAAAAAAAAACCACACAACAUAUUCUAAACUCACAAAUCACUUUGUUUUCUGUAGAUAGAACUACUUUUUCUUUUUAAUCCAGCUGUUCAAUUGUUUUGCGAUUUUUAUUUUUGAGACCCAGAACUCUCAGGUUUCUGGGGCAUUGCUGUAUUUCAGGCUAGUUGGUUGGACUGCUCUGUCGUGUAAACGUUGCGUUCUUUAAUCGUUCUGCCCGUGUAAGAGAUUGUAUCUGCUUCCCGUUAGAGACCGGACCCUACAGUAGGAGCCCACCGUCUAUACAGUACACUCCUCUCAUGCCUGUUCAUCACUGCUGGGUCCUUUUUUAUUGCUCAAGUUCAGAGAUGAUUAGCACUCCAUCUCCUCCAUUUCAAAAGGGAUACAUAACAUGAGUACAUAUUUUCCCAGAGGCGUUUAUAAUUCAUAAAAGCCUGAAGUAAUUCUGUAUUAUAAAUGGUCACAUCGUUACUUUUUUUUAUUUUAUUUUUUUUUUUUGGCCUGGGUGCUUAAUAUUUCCUUGGCAGUGUGCUAGUUCCUCUGAUGCACCAGUAUGGCAGGAGCAUCAGGAUGUUGCAUGCAAUUUUAAAAAGAAGGGUACAAUUUUGACACCUUCUUAUUGGACACCUCUGCCAGUUGCAGGUUUUCAACCGGAGACUUCUGCUUCUCUUUGCAUGGUGUAAUCAGUCAAGACUGUGUGUGUCCACUAACAUAUCGCUUUAAUGUCUUUGGACAAGGAAGAUAUUUGUGAUAUUCUCUGCAUUCUUUUGUGUUCAUUAUCUGUUUCUGAAUGGGGGGGGCGAAGACAAACGUAUAUAAAGUAUAUAUUUUUGCUAUAAGGCUGCAUUUGUUUUGAUUUCAAUGUAUAAGCUGUAUAGUUCUGGCUCUAAUAGACACGUACCUUUUUAAAAACCAAUCUCAAUCCUUCUGAUGCUACUACUACAGACUGUUUCUUUAGGAGGCCUCAAGGUAUUGGGUUGGAGGGAAUGGAUGAAUGUGUGUGUGUGUGUGUGUGUGUGUGUGUCAGUGUGUGUGUCUGUGUGUGUGUCUGUGUGUGUGUGUGUGUGUGUGUGUGUCAGUGUGUGUGUGUCAGUGUGUUCCACCAAAGGCCACAGUGAAGACACACAUGAUAUCGUGGGAUCUGCCCCAGGGACAGGGAUUGUCUGCACUUGUAUAGGCUUCAGUCCCCCUCCCCUCACAAUGUGUUUCUUACACUGCUGAGUUUAUGAUAAUCUGUACUGGGUACAAUAAACGGUCCUUUAUGCUUCAC